UAUUAUCAGCUGCGGGACUCCCCCUUUCACUUCCUCCCCUCCCCCGACCUGCUCGAAGUAAAACCACCGUCCCUAGCGCUCCAACUUUCUUUGCCUCUGUAUCUCCUAAAGUCAAAGGAUGGCAGCAUUUCUGAAAUCCCUUCGGAAUCUGAAGAAUGAGAUCGUUCUAUUCUCUACCCCGUUACUUCUUCUCCCGCUGCCUUUAGUCAUUGGAACAAAGGAGGCAACAUGUGCCUAUGUGAUCAUCCUGAUGGCAGUCUACUGGUGUACAGAGGCCUUACCGCUGGCUGUCACUGCCCUUCUCCCUGCUGUCCUCUUCCCCAUGUUUGGCAUCAUGCAGUCCAAAGAUGUGUGUAUGCAGUACCUGAAGGACACCAACAUGUUGUUUGUGGGAGGACUGAUGGUGGCGGUGGCAGUAGAGCACUGGAACCUGCACAAGCGCAUUGCCCUCCGAGUGCUGCUCUUUGUAGGGGUGCGCCCCGCUCUUCUGAUGCUGGGCUUCAUGGGGGUGACAGCCUUCCUGUCCAUGUGGAUCAGUAACACAGCCACCACAGCCAUGAUGGUGCCCAUCGUCCAGGCUGUUCUGGAGCAGCUCAACAACUACACAGAGACUGAGAUGCCUGUGAUCCUCAGUACUGAGGAGGACACCCAGCCUCAGGAACCCACUGACAGCAAACAAACGGAGAAACAGGCAGAGGGACAUGUUGUGGUGACCUGUUUAGACCCGUUUGUGGAGGCUAUCCGGCGUAAGGAGGCUGCAGACAAGAAGAAGAUGUGUAAGGGCAUGACGCUGUGUGUAUGCUACGCAGCCAGCAUCGGGGGCACUGCCACCCUCACAGGGACCGGCCCCAACCUGGUGCUCAAGGGACAGAUGAACCAGCUGUUUCCUAACAAUGGCGAUGUCAUCAAUUUUGCGUCCUGGUUCGGUUUUGCUUUCCCCAACAUGAUCCUGAUGCUGACCCUGGCUUGGCUCUGGCUGCAGUUUGUCUUUAUGGGAUUCAAUUUUAAGAAGACGUGGGGCUGUGGGGCAGUGAAGACAGAGAAAGAGAUAGCUGUGUACAAUGUGAUCAAGGAGCAGCAUCGUCAGCUGGGCUCCAUGUCUUUUGGAGAGCUGAGUGUGCUGGGUCUGUUCAGUUGUCUGGUGGUUCUGUGGUUCACCAGAGAUCCUGGCUUCGUGGCAGGCUGGGCCACAUACAUCUUCAAUGCUGACGCAGAGUAUGUAACUGAUGCCACAGUGGCAGUGUUCAUUGCUGUCCUUCUCUUCGUCCUGCCUUCCAAGCCCCCACGCUUCUGUUGCAGGAGGUCCCAAAGCUUUGACACUGAGCACCAACACCCAGCUGACCCCACACCAGCUCUGCUGACCUGGAAGGUGGCCCAGAAGAAGUUACCCUGGAGCAUCGUUCUCCUCUUGGGGGGAGGGUUCGCCCUGGCCAAGGGCAGCGAGGAGUCAGGUCUCUCUGUGUGGAUGGGGGACCAGAUGACUCCCCUCCACACCAUCCCACCCUGGGCCAUCGCUAUCAUCCUGUGUCUGCUGAUCGCCAUUUUCACAGAGUGCACCAGUAAUGUGGCCACUGCCACUCUCUUCCUACCUGUCCUCGCCUCAAUGUCCCAGUCCAUUGGAAUGAAUCCUCUGUACGUCAUGGUGCCUUGUACUCUCAGCGCUUCCUUUGCCUUCAUGCUACCUGUGGCCACACCGCCCAAUGCUAUCGUCUUCUCAUACGGCUACCUCAAGGUUUCUGACAUGGCUAGGACAGGUAUAGUGAUGAACAUCAUCGGCAUCCUGUGCAUCACUCUGGCCAUCAACAGCUGGGGCAGGGCCAUGUUCCACCUAGACACCUUCCCUACUUGGGCCAACACUACUGGGGUGUGAGGGCCCCGAGGGGCCCCGGUCCACACCAUGAGGAAUGCACAUAGAGGGCCCCUAAUGUGCCAUGGACCUCUGGCGAGAAAGGCACCAACGUGACUGGUCGUGUUAGGUUGUUGGGAGAAAAGCCACAUAGCUUCCAUUACAAAGAACACUUGAAUCACCAUGUGGAAAGAGAGGAUGGAUGGAUGGAUGGAUGGAUGGAUGGAUGGAUGGAUGGAUGGAUGGAUGGAUGGAUGGAUGGAUGGAUGGAUGGAUGGG